AUGGUAGUGAGGCAUGAUGGAGGCAUGCUGGUAGGUCAUUGGCUCUUGGGGGAUGGUUAUCUCACUUCUCCACAUGGACACCGGUUCGGGAUUCCUAUUGUACAUGACAUCCAAUACAACUGGGCGGGUGUUCAGGGGAGGGAACCCGCUGGUCUCAUGCGCGGGCUCGCCCUCCCUCAGGCAAGAGUGCCUCGGGUUCUGAAACGACCACAUCAUAUCGUAUACGGGUGA